AGGCAGGGCCUGGGGGAGAACUGGGACCCUGUGGACUUCAGCCUGAGGCUGUUUCUGUCACCAGUUGUUGGUGCUUUUGCUCAAAGCUGCCAGAAUGUGUGGCAGAUUCCUGAGGCGGCUGAUGGCUGAGGAGAGCUGGCACUCCACCCCUGUGGGGCGCCUCAUCCUUCCGGUGCUCCUGGGAUUCCGCCUCCUACUGCUGGCUACCAGUGGGACGGGGGUCUAUGGCGAUGAGCAGAGUGAAUUUGUGUGUCACACCCAGCAACCAGGCUGCAAGGUUGCCUGCUACGAUGCCUUCCACCCCCUCUCCCCACUGCGUUUCUGGGCCUUCCAGGUCAUGUUGGUGGCUGUGCCCAGUGUCCUCUACAUGGGUUUCACCAUGUAUCAUGGCAUCUGGCAUUGGGAAGACUCAAGAAAAGUGAAGAAGGAGGAGGAGACCCUGAUCAGACAAGGGCAGGGCAGCACAGAUGUCUCAGGGGCUGAAAGCCCCAAGCUGCUCUGGGCCUAUGCAGCACAGCUGGGGGUGCGACUGGUCCUUGAGGGGGCAGCCUUGGGAGGGCAGUACCAUCUGUAUGGGUUCAAGAUGCCCAGCUCCUUUUCAUGUCGUCGAGAGCCUUGCCUCGGCAGUAUAACCUGCCACGUGCCCCGCCCUUCUGAGAAGACCAUCUUCCUCAAGACCAUGUUUGGGCUCAGUGGGCUCUGUCUCUUCUUUACUCUUUUGGAGCUGGUGCUCCUGGGCCUGGGGAGAUGGUGGCAGACCUGGAAGCAAAAAUCUUCCUCUUCUAACUACUUCACAACUUCUGAGACCACCAGAAAACACAAGGAACCAAACGAUAACUUCCCAGUGGUGGAAUCAAAAGAACAGUUCCGAGUAGCAGAAUUAUAAAAACACCUGGCUCCACUCUGAAGACUGACUGGAUGACUGGAUCUUCUCCCCAACAUCCAGUGAGUGGGGAUACAUCUCCAUGACAAGUUAGAGGCUGUUGCCAUGCUGCCU